CUUAAAUUUUACAGUGCAGGUACCACCAAUGGCCAAAAAGUUGCACUUUUACUAGAGUUGUUAGGUUUAAAAUAUAUUUUAAGACCAGUUGACUUUAGAAAGACAAAGGAAAACAAACAAGAAUGGUUUUUGAAGAUUAAUCCAAAUGGGAAAAUUCCUGCAAUUCUCGAUGUUGACUCAGAGGGCAACACUAUUACUUUGGCUGAAUCAGGUGCUCUAUUAUUAUAUUUGGCAGAAAAAUAUGAUGUGAACCACAAGUAUUCAUAUGCUUCAACAGAUCCUUUACAUUGGGAAGAAGUUGAGUUGUUAUUCUUCCACGCCAGUGGAUUGAAUCCAGCACAAGCCAACUUGAAUUGGUUUAGAAACAAUUCACCAGAAGACGCCAAAAACAUUGAAAGAUUCAACGAUGAGGUUAUCAGAAGUUAUCAAAUCCUUGACGAUAAACUAGCUUCAAAUGGUUCAGGAUUCUUGGUUGGUGACCACGUUUCUUUAGCUGAUUUGAUUGCGUUACCACAUGCCAGAGUUUUGAGUAACAGUGGUAUCGAUGUUUCUCAGUUCAAGAACUUGGAAAAAUGGGUUGCUAAAGUCAGCGACAUCCCUGAAGUUAAAAAAGCUUUGGCCUUG